GUCUUGGCCGUCGUGGGCCUCAAGCUGCCCCAGAAGCUCAUCUGGCGCUGCUGUGGGCGCGCGAGGCACCCGUUCCGCAAGUCCUUGAGGUCGCUGUCGUGGUCUGGAUCGCUGGACCCUGGAGAACACGUCGGAAGCCCGUCGUUGCGGGGACGCUCUUCAUUGUCGGCUGUAGAGGAAGAAGAUGAUUGUUCACAUGGUGUUCGAGGCUGCGGCGACUGGGGGCCCUCCCUCGUCCUCGUCUUCGAGGCGCGGGACCCCGUGACCGGCAGGCAGCGGCUGCGGAUACCAGCGCCCGACGAUGACGAUCUCAUCCCAGGCUUCGGCUGCGACAUCGAGGACCUGGGCCCGCCGGGGCCGUCGGACAAGCUCAGCUGCGCAGAGAUCCUGGAGCGGCUCACGGGGGCAGGGCUGGAGUAUCGCCUGGGGCCGUCCCGCGGCAACGAGUACAUCUUCUGCGUG